CCCGAAAAGCCGUAUUUUUGCAGUGUUGUUUGCCAUCACGGCUUUGCAGUGUAGCAACGGCUGGAGUUAAAGUGACAGCCGGCCAGCGGGCAGCGGAAGAUGUUUCUUCCGCACUGUCUCUCCCGCUUCCUGAACUGCGUCCGCGUGAAGCACAUCCUGAUCGGGAUUGUGAUCCUGCUCCUUUUGAACUUCUUCGGCGCUUUCACGCACAUCUUCGAGCAGGACUUCUACACAGAGUUCCAUUAUCCUCUCGAGGGUGACAUUCCGCGGCUGGCGGAUCAGGUGCGCCGCGGCCAGAAGCCCGACCAAGCGCCUAUCACGGCCUACAACCACACCCUCUUGCACAAUCCGAGCCACAAGUGUCGUGACAAGGAGUUUCCCGUGGCGCCACGCCUUGUCUUCCUGGUGAAGAGUGCGCUGAGCAACUUCAAGCGUCGGAACGCCAUCCGGAUGACAUGGGGCUUCGAGAGGCGCUUCUCCGACGUCACCGUGAGGACGGUGUUCCUCCUGGGCACGUCUCCUGACCAGGAGACGCAGAAGCUGGUGGAUAUUGAGUCUGGGAGCUUCCACGAUGUGCUGCAGGCGGACUUUCUGGACACGUACUUCAACAACACCAUCAAGACCAUGACGGGACUGCGCUGGGCAGUAGAUUUCUGUCCCCGGUCGCGCUAUUACAUGCUGGUGGACGACGAUUUCUACAUCAGCACGAAGAACGUGUUGAGGUUCGUAAGGAAUCCCGUCCACUAUCCCGAGUACCUUGAGGAGGCGGACGAGACGAUCCGCCAGCUUGCCAGGAAGCUCACUCUGUCCGUGGGCAACAUCACGGGUGUGGUAGACAAGAAGGAGGUGCAGAAGGUGCUGGAGGAUCACCCGAUUCCACACUCUGUAGACAGCAGAAAGCACUUGUGGCAGCUGAGGCAGCAUCUCAUUGCACCAGAAGUGCCGGCCAAGGUGGAAUCGGAGCCUGUGAAGGCAACAGAGCGCCGUCUCCUCGACAUGAUGGACCUUCCGGCGGAUGUUCGCCUGUACGCAGGCUUCGUGUUCAACUCUUCUCCGCAUCGCCAUCGGUCCAGCAAGUGGUACGUGGAUCUGGAGGAGUACAAGUGGCACAUGUGGCCACCUUACGUCUCCGCCGGGGCAUGCAUCCUCUCGCGAGAGGCGCUUUUCCAGCUCUACUUCGCUAGCUUCUUCACGAAACAUUUUCGAUUUGAUGAUAUUUACCUGGGAAUUGUCGCCUUGAAAGCCAACAUCGAGCCUCUGCACUCGGAGGAGUUCUACUUCCAGAAGCUGACCUACAGUGGGCCGCACAGCUACAGGUACACCAUAGCUUCGCAUGGCUAUGACAAUCCCGAUGAGCUGGCCAAAGUGUGGGCGGAAAUCAAGGCGGCGGGACACGCGUAAUCUCAACCAGAAUCUCAUCCGGACUCUCAACAAUGAAUCUCAUUUACACGAUAUUUGUGAUCUGAUUUGCCCUUUUCAACCCCAAUGCUCAGAGCGAGGAUAUUUGCCAAAAAAAAGAACGAAAUUAUAAUAAAGCCAGACGAGGGGAGUUUAGUUAGCGAAAUUAUGCAAAACGGUGCCUUUUUGCCUUAUAAAUCCUUGAUUCGCUAAUUGUGCUUUUGUCUGUUUUACGGACAAAAACGGUUGCGUGAGAUUUCACAUUUGCUCAAGAACUUCUGCAAAGACCUACAAGCUCCAGUCCCAGGCA